UCCAGGCACCCGGGAUCCAGCGCCGCCGCUCAUAACACCCGCGACCCCGCAGCUAAGCGCAGCUCCCGACGCAAUGGACCCGGCGCUGGCAGCCCAGAUGAGCGAGGCUGUGGCCGAGAAGAUGCUCCAGUACCGGCGGGACACAGCAGGCUGGAAGAUUUGCCGGGAAGGCAAUGGAGUUUCAGUUUCCUGGAGGCCAUCUGUGGAGUUUCCAGGGAACCUGUACCGAGGAGAAGGCAUUGUAUAUGGGACACCAGAGGAGGUGUGGGACUGUGUGAAGCCGGCUGUUGGAGGCCUACGAGUGAAGUGGGAUGAGAAUGUGACCGGUUUUGAAAUUAUCCAAAGCAUCACUGACACCCUGUGUGUAAGCAGAACCUCCACUCCCUCCGCUGCCAUGAAGCUCAUUUCUCCCAGAGAUUUUGUGGACUUGGUGCUAGUCAAGAGAUAUGAGGAUGGGACCAUCAGUUCCAAUGCCACCCAUGUGGAGCAUCCGUUAUGUCCCCCGAAGCCAGGUUUUGUGAGAGGAUUUAACCAUCCUUGUGGUUGCUUCUGUGAACCUCUUCCAGGGUGUGUCCCGGUGUUCCCUGCAGUCUCCAUACAGACACCCGGAGGGAAGGGGUCCGUCCUUCUACCACAUUGUCCCAGGAGGUGGGUCUUGGUGUCAUGGGAUUAUACCAAGCCCAGACCUAGCACCUUUAUGUUACCCUCUUUGCUAAGCUGGCUUUUCAGACAUCAUGUGAAGACUUUUCUUAGAUGUAACAAAAUUUUGAGUUUGAAAAUAGCACAGCUGUGCUCUACCACACACAGACAUACACACCUGCACUCAGUUUCAGUUCUCCCAAUAUAUAGGUGCCCUGGAUCCCCUGGCCUGGGCUCAUUUCCUUGUCCUCUCCCACCUGGUAGUCAGAUGCUAAGACUCACCUUUCAGUGGUGCCGGGUCUGACAGAGAGGAAUUUUCAGAAUAAGAGGCAGAGUCCUUUCUUCUGAGGGGCUGAAUCCCAUUGCUGUCUUCUUUUUGGUGGAAUGCACAAUAUAAUGGGUAGCGUCACGCCCUCAUGCCAGGUAGCAAAGGUAUCACAUGGAUUUUUUUUUUUUUUUUUUUUUUUGAGACGGAGUUUGGCUGUCACCCAGGCCGGAGUGCAGUGGUGCAAUCUUGGCUCACUGCAACCUCUGCCUCCCAGGCUCAAGCGAUUCUCCUGACUCAGCCUCCCGAGUAGCUGGGAUUACAGGUGCCUGCCACCAUGCCUGGCUAAUUUUUGUAUUUUUAGUAGAGCCGGGGUUUCACCAUGUUGUCCAGGCUGGUCUUGAACUCCUGACCUCAAAUGAUCCCCCUGUCUUGGCCUCCCAAAGUGCUGUGAUUACAGGCAUGAGUCACCACGCCUGGCCCGAUUGCAUGGAUUUUGCUGAGAGGGUGGUUGGGGUCCCACAAAACCCUGCCCAUAUGAAGGUUUUAACUCAAGGGUUGACUCUUCCAACUCCUCUCCACUUGAUUAAAAACAUCACGUGUUCUCUGUAAAGCUUUCUUCCAGAGCCUACUGUGUGCAGUUAUUCUCAUGAGGCUGUGGAUCUGAAAUCUGUGACAAUGAUUAUUCUCUUAUUAUUCUGUGAAGAUAGGCCUAUUCUGGACACUAGAUUCAGCAGACAAUAAUAACAGCAGCAGCAGCAGCAAACAUUUAUACAGCAUUACUGUGUGUCAGCCACUAUUGUAAGCACUUCAUAUAAAUUAACUGUUUUUAUAACAACCCUAAGCCACUGUUGUGAUCCUCAUUUUUAAAAUAAGAAUGGUGGGUGCACAGAGAGGUUUAGUUACUUACCCAAGGUCACACAGCCAGCAAGUAAGAGAGCCACAGUCUCAUUCUGGCCAUCUGGCUCCAGAAUCUGGGCUCUUAACCCAGAUAUUGAUGUCUCAAAACAGCUAGAGUGUCUGCCCUCUUAGAACUUAGAUUCCAAUGAAGGCAGGAGGAGACAGACAAAACACAAAUGUAAGUAGUUCUAUCUCGUGGAUGCGCUAGUAAGUAUCAGACGUUAAGUGCCUCGGGGAAAACUAAACCCAGAUAAAGGUGCCAGGGAAAAGUGUGAGUGGGUUAUCUAGGGGGUUUCCCUAAUAAGACAUUUGAGCAAGGCACAAAUGCAGGGAGUCUUGGGCAUGUUGGUGGAGUGAGCAUUCUGGCAGGGGGAUGAGCAGAUGCAAAGUCCCAGAAGUGGGAGCAGGAGCCGGAGCAAGAGCGGGGCCUUUGAGGAACAGCACAGAGGGAAGUGUUGUGUUAGCAAGAGGAGAGGCUAGGACAUUCGGCCCAUGAGGUAGCAGGGGCCGUAGCCUGUUGGGGACUUUCCUCAGAAUAAAAUGGGAAGCCACUGGGGAGGCCUGAGCAGGACAUGCUCUGACUUUGGUCUUAACUGCUAUGAUGCCCUGCUUCCCCAAAGAGGGUGAACUCC